GCAAUUAGCCAAAAUGAUACCUGGAGGCUUAACUGAAGCCAAACCUGCCACUCCAGAAAUCCAGGAGAUUGCUAAUGAGGUUAAAUCACAGCUGGAAGAAAAAACAAAUGAGACUUAUGAAGAAUUUAAAGCUGUAGAAUACAAAACUCAAGUGGUUGCUGGAGUUAAUUACUACAUUAAGAUUCAAGUCAGUGAAGAUGUUUAUAUUCACAUCAAAGUAUUCAAAAGUCUUCCUCAAGAAAAUCAGACUUUGAAACUCACUGGUUACCAGACUGACAAGAGCAAGGAUGAUGAGAUAACAGGUUUUUAG